GAUUUUUUUUUGUUUUCAAUUUUUUGUUUUCUUUUUUUUACUAUUCUCUUUUUCUAUUGACAUGGUGACAUUGCAUCUUCCUCUUCCUGCUUCUGUAAAUCUGAAACCAAAACUUCCCAUUCUUGGAUUGUUUCAAAAUCAUCAUCAACCUCCGCUACCAAAGCUUCCUUCUACUGUUUUUCCGGGCUUGUCUAUGACCAGUUCGCCACAACCUCAAGAUCCCAUUAUGCUAUUUCCUUCAGCAAAUCAGAGUGUUGCAGCGAUAGUGUUUGGAGACGGAUCAGAUUCACGGCUCUACCCACUGACAAAGAGAAGAUCGGAAGGAGCUAUUCCUAUAGCAGCAAAUUAUAGACUAAUAGAUGCAGUUGUGAGCAACUGCAUUAACAGUAACAUAAACAAGAUAUACGCUCUCACGCAAUUCAACUCCACUUCUCUCAAUUCUCACCUUACAAAAGCUUAUUCUGGACUAGGUCUCGGGAAAGAGGGGUUCGUUGAAGUAAUUGCAGCGUAUCAGAAUCUCGAAGACAAGGGCUGGUUUCAGGGAACAGCCGAUGCCAUAAAAAGAUGUUUAUGGGUUCUAGAAGAGUAUCCGGUUGUUGAGUUUCUAGUCCUUCCCGGUCACCAUCUUUACAGGAUGGACUACCAGAAACUUAUAGAGGCCCACAGAAACAAGAAGGCCGAUGUUACUUGUGCAGUCUUGGCUAGCAUGAGAAAUCAGGAUUCAGAGUUUGGUAUUUUCAAAGUAGAUUCCGAUAAUAAAGUUACUGAGUUUAGAGAGAAACUAGGAGAAAAGCCAGUGAAGUGCAUAUCAGUAGAGAACUCAGGGAAAUCCAACAAUUCUGUUCAUAAUAAUUUUCUCGGAAUGGGGAUAUAUGUCAUUAACAGAGAUGUGAUGAAAAAGCUUCUAAGAGAAUAUUUUCCCAGAGCAAAUGACCUAAGAAGUGAAGUAAUACCUGGUGCAAUAUCCUUAGGGAUGAAGGUUCAUGCUUAUUGCUUUGACGGAUAUUGGGAGGACAUGAGAAGCAUCAAAGCAUUCUACCAAGCAAAUAUGGAAAGCACAAAGAAAACAAACAUCGGAUAUAACUUCUACGAUAAAGAUUCUCCUUUGUACACUCUGCCUCGACAUCUACCUCCAAGUCUAAUAACUGAUGCUGUCAUAACAGAUAGCGUCAUUGGAGAUGGUUGCAUUCUCAAUAGGUGCAACAUCAAAGGUACGGUUGUUGGUCUGCAGACAAGGGUUGGAGAUGGGGCUAUAAUUGAGGAUUCAAUACUCAUGGGUUCUGAUGCCUAUCAGAUGCAAGAUGUGCAGGCUAAUGGCAUUGAAGGCAAGGACAUGGACAUUCUAAUUGGAAUAGGGGAAGGUUCACACGUAAGGAAAGCCAUAGUUGAUAAGAAUGCAAGGAUCGGCAAAAAUGUUAUGAUCAUAAAUAAAGACAACGUUCAAGAAGCAAAUAUGGAAGCUUACGGCUACACCAUCAAGGCGGGGAUAGUUGUAAUUCUAAGGGGCGCAGUGAUACCAAAUGGAAGCAUCCUAUAGGAACUGUACAAUUGAUAACUCAAAAUCAUUCUUUAAUGAAUUAUACUUCAAUUCUUUUAGACAUGUUAUCUCAAAAUUUAAGCCCAACAAAGGAUAGAAGUCCAAACAGAAUAAUUGACGUCCAUAAUAGUGUUUCAAAUCAUUCAAAGAAUUUAGUUUAUGCAGUUAAUCAAAUCUCAAAUUAGUUCACUUGUAAGCUCCUUGAUACCAUUUAAAUGCCAACAGAAUAAUAGCAAUCAUCGUUUCAUCUCAGUU